AUGAGCAAACGAGCGCAGCAGACGGGUUUGGCCGAAUGGCCCAAUGAGAACGACCCAGAAAAUCCUCGAAACUUCUCUCCUUCGACGAAAUGGGGACUCACGAUUCACUAUGGACUCAUGACCCUGGUCAUCACCUUUGCCAGUUCUGUCUUCAGCUCCGCUACGACCGUCACCAGCGAGCUUUUCCAAGUGUCUUCCAAAGUUAUGUACCUGGGCACAGCACUGAAUGUUCUUGGAUUCGCGUUUGGUCCUCUCAUUUUUGGGCCUCUUUCAGAAGUGUACGGCCGUAAAUCACCACUCAUUAUCGGUUUCUUCAUCUUCUGUAUCUUCAAUAUCCCUGUUGCUGUUGCAAAGAAUUUGGAGACUAUCCUAAUUUGCAGAUUCAUCAUUGGUAUCGGCGGAGCUGCUCCUUUGACAAUCUCUGGUGGUGCAUUCGUUGACAUAUUUUUGCCUGUUGAAAGAGGUGUCGCGGUAUGCGUCUUCGGCAGUGCUACCUUCAUGGGCUCAAUAAUUGGGCCCAUUGUAGGGGGUUUUGUCACCGAGUCUUAUUUGGGCUGGCGAUGGACGGCUUGGUUGACCUUCAUACCCGGUUCGGUCCUCUGGAUGGUCCUCUUCGCUCUCAUUCCGGAGACUUACGCCCCAGUCAUUAUUGCUCGCAGAGCCCGACGAGACAAACCAGAUAUCGAGGGAUCAAUGAACCGUGUGUCACCAGAGGGUAUUCAACUGGAGACCAAGGACAUUGUUCGGAGGUAUUUGCUCAGGCCAGUAGCCAUGCUCAUCCGUGAACCUAUCCUUGCCCUUAUGACUAUCUAUAUGUCACUGAUUUAUGGCAUAUUCUACCUAUUCUUCGAGGCUUACCCGAUUUCCUUUUCCGAAGAAAGAGGCUGGAGCUUGGGCGUUGGAGCGUUACCCUUUCUGAGCAUUGGUCUGGGUAUUAUUCUUGGAACACUCGUCGUUCUAGCUCACCUACGACUUCGAUUCAAACCAGCUUACACGAGAGGGGAAACUGUUCCACCGGAAGAACGCCUUGUACCAAUGAUUAUCGGUGCCCCUUUGUUUCCAAUCGGAAUGUUGUGGUUCGCCUGGACAAGUAACCAGAACAUCCACUGGAUUGCUCAAGUGUUGGCUGGAAUUCCUAUGGGGAUGGGCAUCAUGCCGAUUUUUAUACAAGGCUUGGUUUACAUUAUCGACACAUACGCUCAACUAUCCAGCAGUGCCGUCGCUGCGAAUGUGUUUCUCAGGAGCUGGAUCGCAGCAGCCUUCACGAUGUUCGCCACGGCUAUGUACCAUAACUUAGGUUUGUGA